UUCGACCUUAUGUUUGUAAACAAAGCAAUCAGCCUCACACAAACUGAAAUGCGAGGAAUACGUACAGUUUUUAACCCUCCCUGGCGAAGGUCCAUCAGUGGAAAAUAUGAUGUUGUUCGCCCAUAUGAGGUUACAGCAGAGAAAACAGUGCCUCCAAAUAUUGAAAAGCCAGAAUAUUUUGCAUCUUCUGUGCCAGAGGUAGUUUAUGCCACAGAAACAAAAUCUGCUGUUGCCAUAGACAAAAUGAGGCUGAGCUGUCAGCUGGCUAAAAAGGUUUUAAAUGCAGCUAUACCUUUACUGAAGGUAGGAGUAACUACCGACUUCAUUGAUGGAAAGCUACAUCAGAUGAUAAUAGAAAACGGAGCAUAUCCAUCACCAUUACGAUACCAUGGUUUUCCAAAGUCCAUCUGUACAUCUGUGAACAAUGUUAUCUGCCAUGGUAUUCCUGAUCUACGGCCUCUGAGAGAUGGAGAUAUAAUUAAUGUAGAUGUGACGGUCUUUCUUGGAGGCUAUCAUGGUGAUUGUUCUGCAACAUUCCUAGUGGGAAAUGUAGAUGAAGAUGGAAUACAUUUAGUCGAGGGGGCAAAAAAUUGCUUAUUGAAAGGAAUCGGUGCCUGUGGACCAGGUGAAAGAUUUUCAGCAAUCGGUGCAGCUAUUGAGGAAGAAGCUCACAAGCAAAGACUGAAUGUGGUUCCAAACGUUUUGGGUCAUGGGAUAGGAAGCUAUUUUCAUGGACCACCCGAUAUCUACCAUAUUUGUAAUGAUUUUGGUGGAGUAAUGCUUCCAGGAAUGACAUUUACAAUUGAACCUGCACUUACAAAUGGCUCUGUUGGAACAUGUGUCCUAGAAGAUGGUUGGACAUGUGUAUCAGUAGAUCAUGCACGAUCUGCUCAAUUUGAAGAAACUGUACUUAUUAAAGCAGAUGGAGUAGAAGUGCUGACAUAAUGUUUAUGUGAUCUCCAUGCAGAAUGGAAGACAAAUGCACACAUAGCAACUGCCAAACCAGUGUCAAUGGAUAGAAACCUCCAAAAACAGUAUAAUCUCAUGUGUUGUAGUUAUUUGUUACUCAUUUUAUUUUUACUGCAUUGGUAUCCCUUUGAGCAAAGAUUUAUGUCUUAUUUUGUAUUUCUUACACCAAUUCCAAACUAUCUCCUUGUCUUUCUGCUUUCCCAACUGCCUUUUCCUCUCAGGAAAGGAUCUGCCAGUUCCAGUAACUUGAAAUUUCAUAUAUUAUUCCAUUUGUAUUACUUUUGAAACUGCUAUGGUUGUACCUACGAUGAUAGUUUUGUGAAGAGUAAAUGUUGGUUUUAUUCUGCAGACCUGUGAUUCACAAAUGUAAUGUAUCUUAAUAGUUGCCUGAACAAAAUAAAUUCAUUUUGGUAUGAAGAUGAAAUCUGUAAAAUAAUGAAUACUUCACCCAAUGAAUUCAUCUUACAUUCAUGUACUUAAUUAUAAAUUGUGAAUUCAGUUUGAAUUUCUAAUUUUGACAGCCAUGUAAUACAUGAAUAAAUUAAUUCACACACUAAAAUAUCUUCCUAUGUAUGCAAGAACCUUGUUUAUCUUGCUCUCAGUAAUCCGGAUUUCUGGUUGAUGAAAAUGUAAUGUAUACUGUUGAUAUGGUAUGGUAUAUGUACAAUUGUUAGUUAGUUAGUUUCAUGUUCCAUGGAUAAUUUUGCAUGAUACACCAUAAUGAAGUGGGAUGAGUCAUUUUACAUUCAAAAAUUAAUUUGUAAGUAUGGUUACAUGCUCAACAUUUCUAAACAGCUUCUUUUUUAUAUCUUUUAUACAGAUGUGAGUUAGUAAUUCCUACCCACCACAUUUCACAUGUUACUAUAGAAAUUCUUCCACAGAAUAGGAGUUGCCAAGGAGAAACUUUCUCAGUUUGUUUUCAAAAAUUUUUACUGUCUGUCAGACAUUUUAUAUCACUCGGUAAGUGAUCAAAAAUUUUUGUUGCAACAUUGUGCACCCUUUUUGUGCUAAUGACAACCUUAAUGUGGAGUAAUGAAUCUCAUUCUUUCUUCUGGUACUGUAAUUUUGUAAAUCAUUGUUCAUUUUGUA